AAGAGCACCGUCAAAUGAAACAAUUAGUCGUACGCAAUUAACAAUUCAGUACAAGUAUUGAACUCGUGUGAAUCUCGUCGAAUUAGUGUUUAUAUAAGACACUAUUUAAGUUUAAUCUUUCACCAUGGUUCAAAGUCACGUCGUUUCUGCAAUAUUUCUGAUACUUGUUUCUGCAAAUGCAAUACAAGGUGGAGUAGUACCAUCGCCAUUCCUCCAGGAGGAGUUUUUUCCCAAUUUCGUGGACCUUGUAAGUUUGCCGAGAAUUGGCGAGUUAUCUCAUAAUGUUGCCUCAUCAGCGGCUACUGCGGCAUCACAUGCUUAUAACGGCUUCAGAACGUACCUUGACAACUUCCGUACCGGUUUUGGCGAACGUAUACAAAUUCCACCUAGGUUUGCUUUAUUGAACCGCUUCGUCAAUCAAGGAUUUUUCCCGGGUCUUACAGACCCAACAAUUGUGGAUGGAGCCACGGAUGUCGUUACAACCGGAGUUGUUCCUACUAGUGGCCGUUUGGUAGCGCCAGGUCUUUUAGGCAAUUACAGAGGCCGCCUUGGUGGUGGUGCUACUUCCACUGGUGCAGCAUCAAGUUCGGCUGCAUCCGGCUAAGCGUUAAGCUUGCGAUCCGUUUUAGAAAGUCACUGAAGCUAAAACAUUACAUUUAUUCAGUUCAAUAUGCAUAAAUAUUCAAUUUGCACAAUGUUCUUAACAU